AGGUGCGUGGCUGCUGACAGCACGGAGGAAGCUGACAGUAGUGACAUGGGCACUAUGGAUGGAAAAGCGGCCAGUGGGACAGAUGACGACAGUUGGAGCUGGGAUACAGACUUUGAAGAUGAUUCUGGAUAUGAGGUUCCACUUCAGGCUGGAGACUAUGAGCCUGUUGGCUGGCCUUCUCAACACAUUGCGAAACCUGAGAGACCUGCUGCUACCCUAAGCCGUCCACUGCCUCCAGUGCCACGUGUACAGCAGCAGGAGGAUUUUGGUGCAGACCCCCCGUGGCUGGUGCGCGUGGAGCGUGCCGAGGCCGAGCGCCUCCUGUCGGGUGCUCGAGAUGGCAGCUUUGUGGUGCGGCCGAGUCGUGGUGAGGCUCCGUUUGCUCUCAGCCUGCGCUUUGGUGGCCGGCCCUUUCACUUACGUGUGCGGCGGCGCACCGACGGACGCCUGGCACUAGGCAGUGAGAAGCCGUGCGAGCGCAGCUUCGACUCAUUGGGCCAGCUGGUCGAGCACCACUGCCGUGAGCCUAUUCUGUUGACGUCCCGGGGCUGUCCUGCAGGCCGUACAACCCUUGCCCUUCCUCCGCUCACGUGACGGCCAUCACUCUUUGUGCAAGUACGAGUAUCGUAAUGGUAGACAACCAUAUCACUGCGUCUUAGGUUCCUUACCACAACGAGACAUUUUGUGACCCUUUCCCAGCCAGCAUGGCUGUCUUGUGCCAAGAUUUUCUGCUCUCUUGCAGCUGCAUCAUUUGCCUCUUGUCUGGCUGUGCCAUGCUUGUUCGUCUUUCUUUACAGAUUUUUUUUUUUCUAUUUCAUGACAGCAACUUCACAGACCACUGAGUUUAUGAAUGCGUCAUAAGGUAGCAUAACAGAAAUCUACCUUCAUGGCGCAAGGUGUGCAGAGAUAUACUCAGCUGUUUCUUUCUUUCCAAAGGUACAGUUCUUGCAGAUUGAAACUGAACUUUGUUUUUUCCUAUUAGUACAAUGACUGCUAUACGGAGUUGCUCAUGAUAACAGUGUCGUGUUUCUGCAAAUCUGGCCACAAAAGGUAAUCUUGUCUAUGAUGCAAGUGUCCAAGUCAGAAUUAAGCCGAUCUGACAUGAACUGUCGACACUGGAAAUGAGAUCACGAUGUGCCUCACUUGGUCCUAAAUUAUAGCUUUCAGUCCACGAGUCUGGUGCACCACGAGAUGCCGAAGACAUUGCGUGUGCAUAAUGAAGUCCUGAUGUAGUCCAACUGAAUGUGCCUUAUGUAUAAUGUCCUCAUGUGAAUAAAAGUGCCUUGCCCUUCAUGUAUCCUUUGUAGUUACUGUACUUAUACUGCG